ACUUCAGUCCAGCUGGGACAAAAGAAAUGAAAAGGGAGCCAUCUCCCGCAGAAACACCAUCUGCUCUGGACAAGCUGGGGCAGUCGGCAGACACAAUUUCUCCUGGCCCUUCUGGACAGGGGGAAAGCACACCUGCACAAGCGGGAAAGGAGGAGUGGGAUGUCCAACCUGGCAGUGAUGGACACGAGACCAAACAAGUCCCUCCUGUUUCCACCAAGAGUGCGGGCAAAGCCAGUGGAUUCUCAUCCCUCUGCUUUCCACAGAAGCUUUGGAAAAUGGUGGAAAGCGAUGAGUUUCGGUCCCUUUGGUGGAGCGAGGGUGGAAGAUGCGUGGCCAUCAAUGAAGAUCUCUUCAAAGAGGAGGUGCUGGGCAGGGUAGGACCUCUGCGGGUUUUUGCCACGCAGAGCAUGAAGAGUUUCCUUCGACAGAUGAACCUCUAUGGAUUCACCAAAAUGCAACGGGAUUUCCAAAGAUCUGCCUCCCUGCCUGAAUUCCUGGCAGAAGAAGCAGCAGCUUCCGCUCACAACCAGAUACUCUACUACUAUAACCCCAACUUUAACAGAGAGCAUCCCCACCUGCUGGAAAAGUGCAAGAGGAGAGCUGGCCUCAAACGGAGAGCCCCAGAUGCACCGGAGAUGAAUGAAAAGCACCCCUCCAGAAGCCCAGAUGGUCAGCCUGCAGGGGACACGCAGGUGUCUCCACCCAGGAUGACCACACCCACCAAGCGAUGGGCUGAAGCACCUCCCAGCCUCAGCAGCGCUGGCCCAUCUCCACCGGCAGCUGCUCCCAUGCUUCCAGGGCCUGCCGGAGCAGGAGGCAGCAAGAGGUUCACCCCUCUGGCCAUCUUCUUUCUACCAUCACCCAGCAGCCAAACCCUGGAUGGCCUCCAGAGUGCUGCUCAUGCUCCUCCACUGUCUGCAAUGCCUGCUCUGGCAGCAGCCUCAGCUCUGCUGAGGCCAAGGCCACCCCACUGCCCCACCUGCACCUGCAGCCCCAACCCUGCAGAUGGGCCCCAGUGUGGUACAUCCUAGAGAGAGCUC